UCUAUCAAACCCUGUGGACAUUUUUAGCUAGAAGGGGGAAGGGUAGGGUGGUAGGCCGUAAGGCCGAGCAAGGGUUGCAUAGAGCACGCGGUUCGAGCACAAGACGUCAUGAAUAAACCAGCAUGGUAUUUUUUAACGUAACUAAAACUCAGUGAGUCGGCUUCGAUCUCGGAUACCAUUGCCGUCCCACCAUGGCUGCCAUCGACGCAGGACCUAGAAGACAACGAGGAAUACUAGGGCUCCUGUGCGGUACUAUAAGUAUUAGAAAAAAUAUAUUGUGCAUUGGGGACAACAGUAUUGCAGAGAGUGAGACAACGGAUCGAUGUGGCAGGCCAGAUAACCAGCAGCAACCGGAUAUCGAGAUUCCAUAUCCGUCUGUCUGCGACCCUGCUGCUGUAACGAUACCAUCACCUGUACUAGUCUCGAAGAAGCUUGCCGAAGAAGCUGUGGCCAAACGUCGCAAUGUUCGUUUUAAGAACCAUGCUACCGUUAUCGAGGAGGAGGAAGAAAUUGAUUCCGAGCGCUUUCCAACAACCGAAACGAACCAAGAACUUUUACUUGAAAGUACUAACACAACUACGACGGGAAAAAAAUAUAAUAGAAGAACUAGACAAAAAAAGAUGGCACCAGCCCCUCCUCUGCCUGGUAUCGUUGACAAUGCUUCUUACUGAAUUUUUUGGCCACUUACCGUUAAUAACCUAAUAUUAUUAAGUUUACGUCUUUUACAAAAAGCCGUUAUUAGGGACAUUUUGAUAAUCUUCGUUCACAUUGUAAAAUGCAAUCUUGUUAUUUCUCAUUGAGGAAAAUUUCGGCCGUUUACCGAAUAUCAGCUUAAUUAGCUACUAUUUUUAGGUUUAAUGGCAUUUCUCAAUACAUCGUUUGUUAUUCCUUCCCAUAA